GUACGAUCGUCGUGUACAUAUUGGUCGCCGCCGCAGGAUGAAGCGGACUCGGAAGUAAUCCAAUCCAUAUGCAAGUAGGGUGUUCUCACUGAAGUGCAGAGGAUGGACGAUCAAUCCUUUGAUACGAAACUCUUUGCAGCGGUCGUGGCGCGCAAUCUCGACGAUGUCAAACGUCUUCUUGGUCCAAUUGAUAUUCACGACGUGGACGUAAAACCAGCGCUCGCUCGCUCGUUUGUUGAAGCCGCGGGACGGGACGCAUCAAUUGUUCAUUGGUUCUUGGAGCUGAAGUUUGACGUGAAUGCGGCCGACGAAGACGGAGACACGGCAUUGAUGGUGGCUGCGCGUGGAGAGCUCAAAAGCUCCACAGUUUAUGCAGUGGAUGCGAGCGAUGAUACGAGUAUUGUUCAAUCGAAGGCAAAAAAGAUGCGAGCGGAAAGUACACGAAUCCUCCAGAAGCUAUUGCAACACAAACCAAAGCCCAACAUGAACUGCCUCAACAAAGAAAAGCGGACGGCCCUUAUCCAAGCAAGUAUGUACUCGGGGGACGAAACCACCCUGCAGUUGCUUCUCGACGCGAAAUGCGAUCCCAACUUGGUCGACGAGAAAUUGCAUUCGGCUCUCCAUUAUGCUGCCGGGAAAGGACACGAGCGAAGCAUUCGCAUAUUGUUGAACGCAGGAUGCGACGUCCAUGCCAAAACAAUUGACGGCGACACCGUGUUGCACAAAGUGUGCGAAUCCGGAAACAUCGACGCUGUGAAAACGAUUUUGGCGUUGCGAGACGUCGAUCUCAACGCUGAAAACCACGAAAAGCAAACGCCGUUGAUGUUGGCGGCGAGUUGUGGCUACGUGGACAUUGUGCAAGAGUUACUCUUGCGUAACGCCGAUGUUUCAAAUCGCAAUCAGAUUGGCAUGACCGCCCUGCACUUGGCCGUGAGUGGCGACGCAGACGUCGACGUCGUCAAGUGCCUCGUCGAAGCACACUCGGAUAUUGAGAAUGCAUGCACGGACGAGUAUUCUGCCGAAACGGUGCUCAUCACGGCUGUGAUUUCGUCCAAGUUCAGCGUUGUCGAAUACCUCGUUAACGCAGGGGCGAACAUCGAGGCCUCCAACAAGGACGGCCACACACCCCUUAUUGUUGCCACCAUGCACAAGAACGACCAAAUGAUGAAGCUGCUGUUAACAAUGAAUGCCGCGACCGACGCUACGGACAAGGAAGGAAGCACAGCUCUGAUGAAAGCCGUGGUGAAUUUGGACCAUUCGGCGACAGAAGUGUUGCUAAAAGCUGGCGCGAACCUGCAGGCUCAAAACAACAGCGGUUACACUGCCAUUUCUUUGGCAAUUUACAAAGACAUCCAGUUCGGGAAGAUGCUGUAUGCAAAGUACCAAGCGAGCGUCAACAGCAGCUCGGCAACCAACUUGGUGGCCCCGUUGAAGGACCAGCAAACGUCGUCGUCGUCGUUGGACCUGUUGCACAUUGGCGACUAUGUGACGCUCAACCUCGGCGACGACCAAGUGUUGGGAUGCGAUGGCUUUGUUCAAACAUUCUUGCAACCCACGGAAGUCAACAGCGAAUGGGACGACGGGGUGUUUUGCAUUCACCCUCAAUUGGCGUACGACCACGUCGACAUGACGUCGACCUGCCACCCGUAUUUCGAAGUCACGGACCGGUAUUCAGAGCAUGAACGCGAAAAGAAGCGAAACGUGGCCAAGUUGUCGCAAAUGCUGCGUACGAAAGACGUGGUUGUCGUCGACACCAUCUUCCAACUCUUCCACGUCAAGUCGCAAAAGUACUUGCGCGUAAAUCCCAUGGCGGGGGAGCGCAAGGCAAAUGCCUCGUUGGAUCAUCUGGCGUCGAGCUACUCGUGGCUUCAAUUUUCGCCGGUGACUGGACAGGACGUUUUGACGUCCAUGCAUUUGGUGCUUGUCAGCGCGUGUAUUCCAAAACUAUACAAGGGAAAUCGCAAGCCCAAACCGGUGCACUUGGUCGACGAUCGAAGCAACGCCGAGCUGUGUGUGGCCCUCCAUUGCACCUACGAUCGGUUCCUGCACCACCCGUUCACCCUCAUGACUGGAUCGAGCUACGUUUGUGGCGACGGGUUGCGCCAAUUCCCGCUGUCCAACUCUGCGUCGUUGGCGUUGAAGGUGGAAAGGGUGGACGCGUUGGCAGCGUUUGAGCUUCAAAAGACACCGGACGGAAGCUCGUACGAAAUCCGCCACGUCGUGUCGCGCUUUGUGCUGGGUAUUGACUGUCCAUGCUCGAAGAAGGAACAACUCAAUGCGACGUUGGUGAAUUCUGCGACCACGAGCAACCUCGUGGCGAAAUUGAAAUUGGAAUCUAAAGCCAAGUCCUUGCCAAACCACCCCCAUCUUGGCGACCCCCUUGAAACCGACAUGGCCGGGUCCCUGUACCAAGUGUCCCAUACGUGUUUGACUUGUGGCAACAAGUGGUGCCUCAGCACCCAAGAGAACCAGAUCGUUUGGAACCACUCUGAUACGUGGUUUGUCUGUGAACUCGUGGAUCCUGCUGUCGUCCAGAAGGUAUUUCACGUGUGCUCGUGGCGCGAGGCAUAUUUAACCGUCGUCCAACACGCCAUGAAUAUCGGAACCCCCGACGAGACUGUACGACAAAGCAUCCAAGGGGCUCUAGUUGCGAGCAAGCAGAUCUGCGACUUGAUGGAAAAUCCCUUCGUUGGCGGUGUGGCCGAAUGCUUGCAACGCAUUUGCUCUGAAAUCGUGUUUCUCGACGCCAUGUUCCUCACGACGUCAGUGUUCCGAUCCAUGGCUCCUGCAUUUCGCGGCAUGGUGGACGAAGUCUUGGCCCACUUUUUCAAGGCGAUGCGCGUCAUGGUGGUGGGCAACGACUCGUUCGAAGCGUAUCUGGUGGAGCAGUUCGAGCACCCGAUUGGUAAAAUCAAGAUUUUGUCGGGCUUGGAUAUCCAAUACGCGUCCAAAUUCGUCGACGCGCGGACGAUUUUGACGAGCAUGAUCGGGAAAAACACAAGGACGGUGGCGUACCUCCUCGAAGCCAUCAACACGGACGACCAGCUGGACACGCUGAGCUGGACUAACAAGGCGCAGUUUUUGAUCGCUUUGAGCUACGCAAGCCGUCGUGAUCCGCUCAUCUCGUACAAGUUGUACAACCACGAGAUCGCGAUUGCACACAUGUGGCUCCAGAACUGGGAUACUAUGUCCGUGUACACGUUUGUCCAAGAUGGCGACGUGUGGGUGCGGUGGAACGACUGCUGCAGCGGCAGGAUCGAAUCGCCAACUUCACUCAACCGAUGGCGCGUCCAAGAAGUGGGGACGUUGCGCACUGUGUUUGAAGAGGAACACAUUGCAAUGCCGCUUCGGGAUAUUGUGUCGGCCCUAGACAAGGCGCGUGGAACUCCAGCGCAUAUGGCAAUGGACAGCUGGAUGAUCUCGUAUCUGCACCAUCUCAAACUCGUGGCGGCACUCUGCAAGAACAACGCCGACGUGCGGCCUCGCUUCCAUGGACACUUCCCCCCCGACCUGCUCAUGGAUGGUGCAUGCAGCGACGCAUUGUCGUGUCCCAUCCAGUCGUUGUACCUGGAACUGUUCCAGCUGUUGUACGUACCUACGUACGGGGUUCCUGAAAGCGUGCAACUGACGAUGCUCUUCCUGGGCAUCCGCGACCCACAAGCCCACUUGACCCCGUUCCAGCUGAAACGCCUCGACGGAUUGAUUCAAGCCAAGCUGGUGCCGCCAACAAAGCAAGACAAGUCGGCGACCUUUGGCUUUAUCGAGCGCCUCCUCAUUGCCAUGGAAACGUUGAUCAACGUGGGAUGGUACACGUCGGAAAAGGGGCGAUGCGUCCAAGCCAUUGAAAUGCUGUACGCCGUUGGCAUGGCCUGGGACGACGACGACCUCAAGUUUGAAACUGUCCGACACCUGGAGGCAGAUCCGUUCAACCUACACUGUCGAAGCACUUCUGGAACGACUUCAGUGAAUGCAUGUUUACGCCGCUUGCUUGGUAUUGCACGCAAACUGACGCGGUUUUCUGUCGUGGCCAAGCCUCAAAAAGGGUUGAAACCCGAGCUCAAGCAACCCAUCGUACACUUCCUCUCACGGCUUCUCAACCACGACGACAAAAUCGUGGCCCAAGAAGCAUUUUUGAACCUGUCUGAGCUCCUGCCAGACCAUUCGUUUUCGUGGCUCCAACACGACAAACUGUUGUGCUCGGCUCUGAAGAAGUCCGACCACAGCCCCAUGCUCAAAGUAUUCGCGGACGCGAACGCCAUUUUCAACGAAGGGGCGCACAUCGUGCACGGUUUUGUGGAAGUCAAGACCAAAACCGACGGCGCAGAUGGAAAGCGGAAGAAAUCCAAGGCGUUGUCUGCGAAUGGCCUGCAACUGGCUGCGCAGAAGAUCAACCAGUGGAUCUCGGAAUCCACCAAGUCCAAAAUCUUGUUUCUCCGCCUUGCCGACGUGCCAAACCGCAUCGUUGCGUACAUUGAAGACUCCCUGGCCAAGAACUUGUUUGUAGUCCCGACCAACGACAUCCUGGCCGCCGAGUGGCGGUACUAUUUGACGACGGUGGCCGCGUUUGACUUAAGCGACAACGAGUCGCUGUUCUUGUACCGCCAGUCCAAGGAGCGAAUUCUGGACGACCGAGUAGCGUUGGUCGAAGUGUUUUUGGGCGUUAUCCAUAUGCUGGCUCCGUACCUGACGGGGGAUUUGUGCGUGGCACUCUUGAAUGUGAUGGUGCCGCUGUUGCAUGCAAGGCCAACUCUGGUUAAGACUGUGUCCAAGGUGGUGACGAAACUGCUCAAGCAGCCGUUUGUCGAAUUGGACGGGCGAUUCACCAAGAUCUUCAACGCGUUGUUGAAUCACAUCGACAGCAGCGACGAAGCGGGUCAAUGUGUGCUGCACAUGUUGCGGCAAUCCAACAGCGACGACUGGAAACGCGAAACGAUGGUGUUUCUGUUCCAUUCCAACUUUGAUUUGGCCUCGGUGACGACAUUGUUGACGAGUAACUUCCACACGUUUGAAAUUAUAUGCCUCGUGGCGGACGGGUCGACCAACGAAAGCAUCUACGGACACCUCGAAAGCAAGUCGUUGAUGCCGCUGGAAUGGAUGGUGGACAUGCUGUCACUCGCCUCGGUGGACGCCCAACGCGCCAGCCUUCAACUGAUCAAGACCAUGUACUUGGAGAGUGAUGUGGCAACGUCGUGGAUGAGUACCGACUUGCCCAAAACCAUCAAGGCGUUUGAGUUCUGUCGACAACAUCUGGCGAGUGGUGCGUUUAACGAAUCGGUAUUGUUGCUUGGCAUUAUACCGUUCGUCCGUGCCUGGAACGCGUUGGCUCUCAAGUACAAGCACUUGAACGUGUUUAUUCGCGAUUUUCAUGUCCAAGUUCGCGACACCCUUGAAUCCAUCGCCGGCUUGCUCAAGGAAAUCGCAAACGACCAUCGCAUCCACUGCUCCAACGCCGAACAGCGACUGGACAGCAUUGUGGCGUCGUUGGGCGUUCCAUCCGUGUGCUCCAACAUGAUUCAAGUGACGAUGGCAGCCCGUGAAAUCAAGUGCUUGUACGAAGACCCCAAGUUUGCCAUCAAAUUGAACAACGAAAUGGACCCGAAUGCGUGCAAGUGCCAAUUCUAUAGGCAAACCGGCAAGCUGUUGGCAGACAACAUGGCGCCGUACUUGUUGUACAACGACUCGCAAAAGCAAAUCCCGUCCAACGUCCUCCGCUCGACCAAGAAGAUCGCUCAAUGCGCCGGGAUCGACAACGACUUGAAGCACUUGCAAAGGGUGGCGGACUACCUCGUGCAGAUUCAAAUGGACCAGGCCCAGCCCGAUUUGCUUGCAUUGAUCAUGGAACAGCAAGAAAUGACUGCCGUCGCCAACGCCACCGCCAAAUCGUUCAAGUGGCCUCGAUCGUACCUGCACAAGCAACUCAAGACGCCGCGGGCCAAACCCAACGAACGCAAAUUUGGUGGAAAGAACUACUUUACCAUGGACAUACCCCCCGACGACGACGCAGACGACGACGCCGACGUCGUGGACGUGCAUGAUUCGCCAGUGCAUCAAGCGUACAAGAAGUGGACGAGCAAGGCAGAGCCGUUGGAUACGCAAACCCUCAUGGAGUCCCUCGUCCGACUCAUUACGUUGUCCUCGUCGGCGUCCAUCUUGGGUCUUCGCGUGUUUAUCCAGUCGUUGGCGUCGAAACGCGUGGUGGCUGCAGACAGGACCGUUCUCAACCAGAAGUUUUUGCUUCAUUCUCGACUCGAGUGGAAGAAGAUGAUCUCUACGGCGGUCAAAGCGAACGCGACGUCGCUCGUGUUUUGGUGCGUGGGGGAGAGCAUGAAGGAGGCGCUGAGUCCCACGAAGAGUCGGUUGGCCAUGGAUCUGAUCUCGGAACUGUUGGCAGACGGGUUCAAGGAAGGCCAAGACUCGUUGUACGCAGGAUACGACUCGCUCGACGUGCACUACAAGGGCCUGCUGUUUCAGUUCCUGACGUCGCACGUCGGCGGCAUUUCCCACGAGAUCACCGUCGUGACGUUGAAGUUGUUCCAACAACUGUGCGAAGGCCACCACGCCAACUGGCAAAACGUCAUGCGCAGCAGUCGGUUCCAUCGCAGUGUUCUCGACACGGUGAUCAACCUCAUGUCCCGGAUCUGCAACCAAGCCGACGGCAUGUUUUCGCUCGCCAACAUUGAAAUCUUGACCAGUUCGUUGGUGUUUUUGAGCGAAGUGUGCCAAGGCCCGUGCUUGGACAACCAGCAAUACCUCGUCGAGUCGGUGGUCCCGCGGCUGUGUGCCGACUUGAGUUUGGACAAGAUCAAGUGCGAGAAUGGCCAGUAUCCGCUCCACUUGACGAGGCUAAAGCACCGAUCCAAUGAACUCUUGUUGUCGCUGGGUGAAGGCCGAACGGACGACCUCGUGCACGUUCACCUGGCCGAGCUCCUGCGUCCUCAACCUCUGCUCGAUGUCAUUUCUGCCAAUCGAGCCCAAAUCAAGGAAUUGCGCAAGGCAUCACGCAAACUUGAAUUGGCCGAUGCAUACUUUAUGGAAACGAUUGAACUGUUGCGCGUGGUGUAUUCGCUCUUGUCGAAAGCCGCGACAGCGGACUGGGACAACGAGGUGCUGGUCCAAUUCGCCAAGCACUGGGACGAAGUGCAGGUCGGCAACGACGACGUGGACUUUUUUGCCAAGCAAAUCAUCAGCGUCGAGAUUGUUCGUGGCGACUCGGCCAUCAACGUGUACUUUCCGCAGCCAAAGGAAGCCAAGUUCCUUCGACAGCCGGAGAAGCGACGCCUGCUGGACAUCAUGGACCUCGGCGAAGACAACGCGCUGGUUGCGUUUACAUCCACCGAUGCGCGGAACCUCGCCGAAGAGCUGCGUGCUCGACAUGUGCUUGCAUCCAACGUCGAGUACGCGUGGAUGAACGAGUGGCAAACGAUUAUUCGAUGGUGGAUGUUCGCAGUGGGGUUUUACAUCAACUUUGUCAUGGUGCUGGGCCUGGCGCUCAAUCCGGACACAGCAGACCCCGUCGUGCACAUCUGGAUUGAAUGGUUUUUGUCGGUGCUUGGGGGUGUGUUUUGCAUUUUGUGCAGCUGCUUGUGGCUGUACAAUGUGAUCACAGAAACGACGUUUUCGUACGCGAGGCAACUCCUCCGCCCCAGCAAGCUUCGCCGCAUGACCAGAGACGAGAUCAAGCACGAGAUUUGGAACGCCGUGGGUUCUGCUGGCUACACGAUUGGUACGAACACCAGUAUAAACCUUUCAUUCCCACAAGAGUUGCCAUGCGGCGUGAUGUAGUGGGUUGGCUGGCGAUUUUUGCCGUCAUCAUCAUGGAAUUCGGGUUCGACGACGACGUGACGUUUGUGAUUUUAAAAGUGUCGGGCGCGUACAUUGCAGUACUGGUGGUGCUGUCGCUUCGAAAGAUUGGCGACAUUUACCAUUUUGCAUACGUCGAAGGUGAAAAGGUCAAGAAUACCCAGGGCGCGGGCUCCAACAUGCUGUUUUGGUUCAACGCGAUGAUCGACACAAUCACACGGGACAACUUUUACGUGUUUACCACGUACACGUUUUGUGCGUUCAUGGGCCUGGCGCAUGAUACAGGGUACUCGUGCUUCAUGUGGUAUGGCCUUCCCCUGCUCGACAUUUUGGCGAUCAACGCACGACUGUCCAACAUCUUGAAAGCUGUGACGUCGAACGUGGCCCCCCUCAGCGUAACCCUCGCGUUUGGAGCGAUUGUGAUCUACUUGUUUUCGCUCGUCGGGUUCUUCAGAUACCAAGACUUGAUGACAGACAGUGCAUCCGAGCUCCAGUGCUCGUCCUUGAUGCAGUGCUACUUUACGUUUAUGCAUUACGGACUCUUGAGCGGCGGCGGCAUUGGCGACUACAUUUCCAACACGCUCGCGCACCCGUUGGACUACGCCACGGGCACGAUGUUCCACGAGCGGCUUGUGUUCGACUUGGCGUUUUACAUUUUCAUCCUCGUGCUACUGAUCAACCUCAUCAUGGGUAUCAUCAUCGACUCGUUCACGUCGCUGCGCGAGUCGUCAGAACGCAAGCUCGAGAUCGAAAUGAACACGUGCCUCGUCUGCAACGACUCCAAGGACGACAUCGAGUACCGCGGCAUCCUUGGCGGGUUCACCAACAACUUCAAGCGGCACACUGAAACCGAGCACAACCUGUGGAACUACUUGUUUUUUAUCAUGUACUUGGACUCGAAACCAUCGACCAAUAUGAACGGCACCGAGUCGUUUGCGUACCAAAAGCUGCUGGCCAAGGACAUGUCGUGGCUCCCCAAGCGCUUGGGCGUUCCCGUGGAAAAGGCCGUGGACCCCACUGCAUAAGUAUAGUACACGGAAUGUGCCAACAACAAUGUACAAAUAAGGCGUUC